AUGUCACAUUUGGUAGGUUGAGUGAUAUUUUUCUCUUGGAUAGGGAUUCAGGCUGUCCCUUGAAUUAAUUCCUUGUAUCUUAAUUGCCCUGUUUUGGAGCUACUUUACAGGAAGAGACAUAUCGAUCUAACAGAAGCAGAUAUCUACUGCAAUGUGUCCUUGGGAACUGAGAAUGACAAUUUGUAAAAUGUCAAGAAAACUUGGUGAAAUCGUGGAGUAAAAUGCUUUGGAUUGGCAUUCCCCCACAAGAGAUGUGAAAGUUUUCUCACGCUACAGAAACCGACGGUAGCGUCGACGAGUCACCCAUUUACGUUCAUAUUUCAUACGUAGAAUUUUAAAGUCUUUGGAUCAAAAUUUUUAUUAAUUAUGAGCAUAUCAAUCUGCAAAUAAUUUUUCUCAGUUAUCUACUGGAAUUAAUUGUUGAUCCAAACAAAAAUUAAUUUUUUAUUUCAGACUAAUUCGCGAUACGAAGAAGACGACAUAAAAAGAGCAAAUGAUGCUUCUAAAGAUGCGCGGUUCUCAGCAUUUUUUGCCAUUUUCCUCGGAGUUGGCAUCAUCUUCUUUUUCAUUUUCAUUGCAGCUAUCGUGCCAGAAUUCGCUUAGAAAUUUUGGUGAAUUUCAUUUGGAUGCUUUUCGAGGUCUUUUCAAAUUGUAAAGUUGAGAAAAAUAUGUAGUUCUUAUUCGAACUUGCACUCAUUUGGGAAAGCAUAGAAAGUACGUAUGUUUAUGUUCAUAAACCUAAUAAUGUAUUCGUUUUACUAAAGUGAUAUGCGAUUAAUCAGAGACAAAUGGACUUCAGUACAAAAUGCAUGAUGAAGUAUGAUUAUAUUAGAUUUCUUCCCAUUAGUUAUCAGCCUCGAAAGACCAUAUAUAUUUUUACUUAUUAAUUAACAUGUGUUAUCAUAUCCGAGGAAGUUAAGGCAAUCUAGUUUUUUUUAGCCAUCAACUUCUCCUCAAGCCCAAGUUUAAUUAUCGUGGAGAAGCACGAAAACUUUGCAUUAAUUGUAUUUGACGGGUUGGCUAUUUUUUGUGCUUUGCGGAAACAGUUUUUCUGCCGCUCUAUAUAACUGUAAUUUUUCCUGGAAAACAUGUCUAACAGAGAAGAAAAUGCAAUAUCUUCAGUUUCAAUUACUGGUUGAGUUAUACCGAAGGAUCUCUCCCAUCUUCAAGAGCCCGGAAAUCGUGUUCAUGGAUAUUUCCAGUAAGACCAAUUACGAAGAUCGUGUUGUGACACACGAUUCGCCUUCUCAGUUCUUCACAUGCAAUUAAAAUUUCUUUAUACUAUUUAUGAAGUAUACGCAAGCUCAUUCCAAUUUACAUUUAUCGUGUAAAUGUCGCUUCUUCCAUCCUGUGGAAUUUAAAGUUGUCCACAUUACGGAUAGGGAUUCUGAAGGGCUAAAUUCUAAAAGUCGAAGGACUGUUCCCCUCAUGUUACACCAAAUAUUUUAUUUUUAUUAAAAUAUAGCACUGUAUUGUUAUUGUAAUAAAUCAGAAUCAGGCUUUGCCUCCUAAAGCCAGAGUGAUAUUAGCGAGAUUUGAGAAUGUUACCGGCAUAAAAUGAACGAAUUGGGCAACCCCGAGCUGACAUUGCUGUGACCCGAAAGCCCUUCUCUCCAUAAUCCUACCCCCAACCCUUCCGCUACAAUAAGGGAUAUCUAUCUCACUUCACUAACUCUUUUUCAGAAAAUUUAUUGUAAUCUGAACGAACUCGGAACCAUAUGACUGGGUGAAAACCAAUUCCCGAGUUUAAAUAACUUACUCCAAAGAUAUUUUUCAAUUCCCGGUUAGGAGAAACAUUGUACCGCAUACGGAGAAACGUUUGCCUGCUUUCGAGCGUUUUUGAAUGCAGACGUCAAAGUCAUUAUUUUAAUUCAGUGUCACAGUAUAUCGUGCUCUGUUGUCCACCAGUUUGUCAAUUGUUGAGCUCUCAGCUACCAUUACUGCUUUUUGGUCUGUAUAUGAUUAUUUUGCUACCCGGCCAGUGUAAAAGUUUUAGCGUGUGAAAUUAACUUAUGGAACUCGAUAAGUGAUUGCACUGACGUAGUCGUUGAUAAAUUCAUCACAAAAAAAGUGUCUGUCAAACUUUAAAACGCGUUAUAAUGCUAAGUGAUUUUACUGGUUUGAUGUUGGUAGCGCAUCAAUACAAACCUCAACCUCGCUAUCCUUUAGUUUUUGACGGCAGAGAGAGAGAAACCAGGCAACUUACUUUUUAAAAAGUUCCUGUUUAUUUCAAUUUUCAAGCUUCGAGUGUUCAGUUCUCGACAUCGCAUGCCCAUGACUGUCAAAGUUUUGCAUGAACAGCUUGUGUUUUCGUGGCAGUUUUAUCAACAUUUUCAAAAAGGGAAGAUUGGCGUUAUUACAGACAGCAAUCAAACAUUCAUAAAUAUUUAAAACAACACAACUCAAGGGAACAUUUCGUGCCCAUUAAGCGAGAUAAAACAAAGGUAAAAAACGUUGACAUGCAUCUCACUCAGCAGAAAAUAACUCCAGACAAUUUUAUUCAUUUUUAUUCCGUUUGGUAUCUUAAAAAAAGAUUACAGAGUGAUACAUUUUACGGCGUUUUGUUGGUUACGUGGUAACGUUUUUAAAGCUGAUUACAGGCUCGUUCAUAAUUGACGAGUUUUAGUCAGUGAACUGUGAUGCAAAUUUUGCUUUAUAUUCUGCUUUGACUAAGCUGGUACUGUAUUACUUGAGUAAGAACGAUUCUGAACAAGAACCUCAGUAAAAGAACCUAAUUCUCACAAAGGUAAGAAUAUCUCUGGCGAUGAUGGGAUGAUGGCUACUUGCGCAACUCCAUAUCAUCUACGUUUUCGUUUAAUGUCAUGCGAGUGAUCACACAGUUCUCAGUGACCUCCGGGUUUCAGACCUUUUAUUGAGUUUUUCGUCUUUACUAUAGACACAAAUACCCAAGUUAAUAAAUGCAGUUGAAUAGUUCAAAAUCCAUAGGAUUCCAGGAAUCAAUUUUCUUAAUCUCUUUUCAUCCCACGCAAGACAAAGAACGUUACUGAUAAUGAAAAAUAGCCCCUAAGCUCUCCCAGAAAACUUGGAAUCUUCUCAGUGAAACACGUGAAAACACUCUCUCUCUUUUACGCGACGGCGUUUGCCGUUUGCUUUAUUUUUUGGCAUUCUUUGCAUGGCGAUAAAAACUCCGUUAUAUGGGAAAUGACAACUAAAAAAAGAACGAGUUAAAAAAAAGUUUUAGUUUACAAGUUGUUUAUUUUUCCUUUCUACCGUUUUCAGGUAAGAGUGUCAUUUUUCUGAGCACUAUGUAAAUUUAUCCAGUCGGACGUAAAAAUAAGAGACCAUGAUCGUGAUUUCGGUUACGUUAUGGGUUUGUUUUCAAUACUCAUUUUGUAAAGUUAUUAAUUGAAAUGUGUUUGGUUGUAAUUGUAAGUCCGUUUAAAAAAACCUUUUUCUAAAAAAUUUAUUUUUCAUCGGGUUCAUCUUUGCCAAAAAUUAAAAAAAUUGACUGGCUCUUCUAUGAAAGGAGAAUUAUUGGAACACAGCUGUUUCGGGUAAUUUCCAGGCCAAGUUUUUAACGCUUUUGCUUGUUACUUCUUGAUUUGUUUUGAACUGUCGUAGCUGUAAAUGAAUGCCCAGUUCCACCGCUAGAUGCUCUGUUCUAUUAAUGUAUGUACCAAGGUAACCAACAUGUUAUUCAUGUUUAUUUUAAAGAUGACGAUAGAAAUUCAUAUCAUUGCUGUGUUCAUGACAUCCUUGGUCAUCAUAUUUACAACGGGUGGUAAGAAUUUCAUGACUUUUUGAGUAAAAUUCUCUUCACAUGUUUUAAUGGCAUUUUCUUGAAAGCAUUUAUAAUUUAGUGAUUAGAUUAGAUUUUAAUACUCCUGCACUUAGUGUCCAAUUGAACAAAUAUGUUCAGGGGUACUGGCCAGAUUGAUUGGCUUAAAAACGACUUAAAGACGAUUAAGGUUGUUUUUUCCUGUUACCAAGACAUGAGAGACAAAAAGAUAUUGCUUCAGUGGAGACUCUUUUUAAGGACACCCCUCCUAAUGUACUGUUAGGUGAACAAAAUCUUGUUCGCUAAUGGCGUCUGAUAUUUAAGAGGUCAUUUGACGAAUUGCAGGUAUUGUUAUCUGCACUUGCUAUUAUCCUGAUUGGUGGCCUAAAUAUUUGUCGUCGCCCCUCUCUUGAUACCUUAAUUUAUAGCGAAAUAUAUUUUUCAUUAUACAUAUUACAUUAUUUUUUUUUCUUUAAUUUUUUUAUUGUAGAUAAAAAAAAUUACCAUUCAAAGCUCGCUAGUUUCAAUAAUAAAAUCAUACACUCGCUUUAUUUUCUAACAGAGGCCUCCUUAUGGGACGAGCAGAGGCUAAUUCACGACCUGUUUCAAAACUACAGCAAGUUCUCUCGUCCAGUAGUGAACAGAAAUGAUCAGGUUGUGGUCACAUUCAGGGCGAAACUCAAGCAAAUAAUCGACUUGGUGAGUGUGAAUAAGUUGCAAAGAAAUUAAGUGAACUGGGGGCGAUUACCAUAUCUGACUAUAGAGGAUGACCGCCGUAAAAGGCCGUUCAUUGGUUAUCACGGGAGGUGGGUCAGAGGUCUUUUGUUGUUUCACAAUAAAAUUUACCUGAUCCCCUAGAAGGCUCUGUAAUAUUCUUACGAAUUCCCCUACACCCCUUAUACUAUGUUGGCGACGACUGAACUUCCCUCCGUCCCCCACGUGUUCUGCCAAACAAUCCUCUGUCCCCGUUCUCCCCCUCCGCCGCGCCUCUCAGGAAAUUAAAAAUGACUGCUCCCCAAGUAAGUCAAUAAUUCUUGACUGACUGAAUGACCGAGGUAUUCCAAACUUUGGAUUACUUCUGUCAUGAUCAGUUAGACUUUUAGUUUCAACUCAGUUUUGUCUCUUGAUUGAACAUUUUGCUUUUAAGUUUGAACGUAAAUGUCACCAUUAUUUAGCGAACACCUCUCUUUAAAAUAACAAAUAUCGGCGAAGAAUUUGUUUUCGUAUUUUUACAUGCUCUUCAACCUUAUCCAGAAGGACAACGAACAACUUCUACAAGUCAUUCUCUACACAUAUCAGGUACAAAUUUUUCUUAUGUCAUGUUCUGAGAUGUAUGUGAUUUAUUCAUAUACUUAGUCUAAUACUUUGAUUUCCUGGCAUCGUGAGCUACCCCUUUUCCACAGCAUCUCAAAGAAAAUGACGCUGCAUGUCAGAUACAUUUACAUUUCAAGUUCAAAACGAACGAAGAAAAGAAGCAAAAAUAAAAGAGACUGAGAAAAGAGUGUCGAAUCGUCUCAAGCAUGUCUUUUCCAACUUUCCUUACGUAUAACCUUCCUUUUCCUUCAACUCACCAAAACUCUCCUUUAAUUUACCUCUGGGUCGAGAAAAUUAAGUAAAUUUUUGGUCGUAGCACUGUCAAGGGAUAUGUAGCAAAGUGUGGGCAAAGCCCACGAAUGAGUCGAGAGUCUCUUUUGGGACGCAAGGUUUCUAAUUAUCUUGCCUUUCGCAUGUAAUCUACAAGCAACCUCAACCCAUACUGAUCUGUUUGAAAAAUUGGUUUAGUACUUUUGGUGUAAUCAAAUCCGUUGAAAUGUCCUUCAGGAAUGGACUAACCCAUUACUCACAUGGAACGCCUCUCUUUACGGUGGAACGGAAGAAAUCAACGUCGACGCCUCUAUGGUUUGGGUGCCGGAUAUUGUGCUAUACAAUAGGUAUUUGUGCAUUCCAAUUUGUGAUUGGUGUGGCAUAAUACCACGUGACGUUGAAGUUAGGUGGCUGUUAGAUUAUUCCCAACAUUCGUAUCAAUUUUAGGGAUCUCUAAUAUACGCUGUGGUGGCAGAAAGGUCUUUUACUCUCAGCAUAUCAUCAAAUUUACUAUUGCGUUUGAGAAAAUCUUCCCCGCAAUUACAACGCUAUACUGAUAUUAUAAUUGCAUGUGGUGCUAAGACCCGCGCAUUUUAUUUGCAAGAGCUUAGGACCAAGAAAAAUAGAUCAGUUAACUAUUGACUAGGAAAGUCGUGGUUGGAUUCCCUGUUAUGAUUACCAUUAUAAUCACGACGAUUUUGUCGAUGACUGUUAUCAUUGGCACAAGAGUAAUUGCACUUUUAAUUACGGCUAAAGAAAAAGGUUGAGACUUGUAAAUGCUAUCUUCAUUUUUUCUUCCUCAAAACUCAGCGCAGAGUUUACGUUCUCUGGUGGAACUCACAAGUACAAAACGGAUGUUGUCAUAUAUUGGAACGGAAGCACAAUUUGGCUUGCACCCGCGAUGUUUAUCACGGUCUGUCACCUCGACGUGCGGUAAAUUUUUAUCACACGCUUAUUUGAUUUGUAACAUUUCGACUGAGUGAUAAUCUAGCGUUAAAAAUUAUACCCUUCGCCGGAGCCAUAUUCCCCCAGCUGUAUUACCACGCCACCGUUCUUACUCCUUCUAGGCAUAGGUAUGGAUGGGUUCAGGAAAAUACUAAGUGGGUUCUACUUUCAGGGCAUGUAGCAGUACUCACCUCAUGUUUUGCAAAAAUAUAUGAGCUCUUCAAUCCUGCAAAAAAUCACUACUUAGUUAAGCAUGGAAGUCCCUUCUCAAGUAUCAUUUCUGUUUAUAUUCAAGAUAUUUUCCUUUCGAUGAUCAGAAGUGCCCGAUGAAAUUUGGAAGCUGGACCCACGACGAAACACGUUUAGACAUGCGCAUUCUUACCAAUGCCUCCAGUGACGACAUCUACACGGAACAUGGCGAGUGGCAGCUCUUAGGACUGGAGCAGAAAAGGUAGUAGUCCAUCUUGUGCUUUGAGAUGUCUCAUUUAAAGAGUCUUUAGACUAUGAUUUUUUUCCACAAUAUUUUUUGACGGCUUCCUUUAUAUUCAUUCCAAAAGUUAGCAUAUCUAGUUUAUUACGUUCGAGCAAUUUUCCAUUAGAUCCCAACGAAAGCAAAGUGUGAAGCUUCUUACGAGGCCGGGAGAGAAGUUCCAACACCCCAAGAACUUCACGCUCUAAAUAGAAACCUCAAAAGCAAGUUUAAUUUCAUUUUCAGG